UCAUGUAUAAUACUGUAUAUUUAAAAAUGUUCAAUAGAUACAUUAGAGCUAUAUAGGAUAUAUUACUGUUACCCCCAGUACCAGGAAUCAGCUAAAUUUAGCUAUUUCAUUUAACCUAUUUUUCAAAAUUUAGAACAAUUAUUUAAAUGUCAUCUACAAUAGAGUAUGUGUGUCAAAAAUAUGUUUUAACUUAUCGUAAACAUGACAAAUCAAUAUCAAUUGUUCAUGUUGAUGAUGUCAUUGGCUGGACUCAAGAGGAGUUUGAGAAACUCAAAAUUUGUAGAAGAGUAAAACUUAUGGUUUUAGUUUUGCAAUGCGCAACAAGUUAUGAAGGACUCAAAGAUACUUUAAAGUUUGUUUUUGAAAUGAAAAGAAAAAAACAAACAAUAGGUUUCAUACAAACUCAUUUCAAUCCAGUCCGUGGCCUAAACAGACAAAGACUGCCCCCAGUUUAUCCUCUUUACACAGCUUCUGAAGGUUCAAAUUUUAAUACAGAUCCUUCUGAUUCUAUCGCACUGCAUAAUCAGGAUACUGCUGCUGAAGCAGUUGCGUUAAAGCCUCUGUCACCACUUAAAACUCAAAAAUUUCCUGUUUCAUACAAGGCAUUACAUAAUCAGGAUAUGGCUACUGAAGCAGUUGCUUUAAAGCCUCUGCCACCACUUAUAACUCAAAAAUCUCCAGUUACAUACAAGACACUGCAUAAUCAAGAUAUGGCUACUGAAGCAGUUGCUUUAAAGCCUCUGCCAUCACUUAAAUCUCAAAAACGUCCUGGUUUACAUAAGGUUCAAAGCGUACAACUACCUUUAUCUACCUAACCAAUUGUUUCAAAUGUUACACGAACAGAUAUUCAGUCAAUUGACAGUUUCUUAUGAAUGCAUACAUUCUACGUGAAUUGACAUCAAUUCAGUCUAAGUUAAAUAAUCUGGAACAAAGACAGGGAAGAUUAGAGGCACGUGUUUGCAGUGUUCCUAUUGAUCAGAAUACCUCAAAUAUCCAAUUUCCUGUUUUUAUCUCUCCGAUGCAAUAUUCUGAAGUUGCUAAGCACCCAAAGGAUAUGUUGUCAUGGAUGAAGCUUGAAGGAGGAAUGACUGUCAAUGACCAUAUUUCUCGCGUCUUAAAUAAAUUGCUGACGCAUGACUUGCAACGUAAUAUAAACAGGACCGGAAGUCAUGGCAAGCUUAAGUUUUUUGAUAACCUGGAAAAUCUGCUCAAAACGUCAACUAUUCAUUUUUUCCCCGGUACCACGACAAAAGAAAUUGAAAAAGUGGCUCGAUUUUUUAACAACGCCAGAGAUCGCUCUGGUGGUCGAAUGCAGAGAAGUUUAAAAAAGAUCGAUGUUUCAAUCGAGGAAGACAAAGAUGACGUUAGUAACGAGGGUAGUGAAGAGGGCAGUGAUAACGAGACACAACAAAAAAAACGAAAAACUUUAAAAUAAAUAUUAGUAAUGUGUUUCAAGAAAAUCUUUAUAUGGAUACUUUUAUUGUAAGUUUUAAAACCUAAAA